ACCUUAGUAGAUAUAGAUCAGGAGGGAAGAGGGGGUGAGGGGAGAAAAAUGUCAGAAGCUGCUGUGAGUUUUGUCUUAGAAAACUUUAAGCAAAUACUGCUCUAUAAUGUCCAUUUAAUAGCUGAUGUGAGGGAGAAUGUUGAGGAAUUAUGCAAAGAACUUAAGGUCUUGAAUGGCUUUCUUAAGGACUACACUGAAAUGGACAGCAGCAUCGAGUCCCUGAAGGUGUUGCGGAGAGAGAUCCAAAGGGUGGUAACCGAAGCUGAAGAUGUGGUUGAAAAAUACAUCGUCCAAUCCUCGCAGCAAAGUGCCAAGAAAGGGAUUGACAAAAUACUCAAAGCUGGCAAAUACGGGAGCAAGCUUCACGAACUGGGGAAAGAAAUUGAAGCAGUCAGUCGAAAAGUGAAGGCCCUAUAUGAGGAGAACCGGGUGGGAGCUCGCUUGGAGGCGGCACACAUCCAGGAAAUGGCCAAAGAACGUGCCAAGAAAAAGCAGGCUCCAACAGUGGAGGAAGAUAACGUGGUUGGAUUUGACGCUGCAACUGAGAAGGUGAUCCAGCUUCUCACUGGCGGGUCAAAGGAACUGGAGGUAAUAUCAAUUGUUGGAAUGCUUGGGCUUGGGAAGACAACACUUGCUAAAAAGGUCUUAAAUGACCCGAAAAUUGAAUAUGAUUUCUUUGCUCGGACAUUUAUCUAUGUUUCUCAAAAAUUUGAGAAGAGGGAGGUGCUCCUUAAUAUUCUGGGUUCUAUUGGCCAACUCACUGAAGAAGUGAAUAAGAUGCCAGAACCAGAAUUAGCAAGACAUCUUCGCAAACAACUAGAGAGCAUAAAGUACUUGAUAGUUAUGGAUGAUGUCUGGGAGGACAAGGAUUGGGAUGUGCUCAAAGUAGCUUUUCCAAACAACAAGAAGGGAAGCAGAGUCUUGAUCACUACUCGAUUCAAUCAUGUGGCUACCCAUGCAAAUCCUACGAGCGACCCUUAUCGAUUGGAUUUCCUAACUCCCGAAGCGGGCCAUGAGUUGCUCCGAAGUAAGGUUUUUGGCGAGAACAAGUGCCCAGAGCCACUACAGAAGUAUGAGUUGAAGAUAGUAGACAAAUGUGGAGGACUUCCCCUGGCAAUAGUGGUGAUUGCUGGGAUCCUCAUAAAAAAGGGACGGAUCCCUAAUUGGUGGUCGCGAGUUGCUGACAGCGUCAAUGACUAUAUUUCCAGGGAUGAAGAGCACAUUAAGGACGUAAUAAUGCUGAGUUACAACCAUUUGCCUUACCACUUGAAACCUUGUUUUCUCUACUUUGGUGUCUUCAGAGAGGACUUUGACAUCCCAGUCUGGAAGUUACUGCGGUUGUGGAUCGCUGAAGGAUUUGUGGCUCAGCAAAGAGAUUUAAACUUGGAGGAUAUUGCAGAGGAAUAUCUGGAGGAACUUGUUGACAGGAAUCUAGUUAUGGUGGGACAGAGGAGGUCAAAUGGCCAAAUCAAAACUUGUCGUGUCCAUGACACUUUGCGUGACUUCUGCAAGGAGGAAGGCAAGGAGGAAAACAUCUUCCAUGAAAUUAAGAAGGAUGACCGGGAAAUCUUAUCAUCCAAGAGCCCAACCUUGGAUGAUUGUCGUCGUUUGUGCAUCAAUGCUAAUGUCAUGGAUUAUAUGUCUAAAAAACCUUCUGACGCUCCUGUUCGCUCUUUCUUGACUUCGGCCAAGGAAGAAACUGCAUUGGAUGCUAAACAUGUCUCCCUUAUCCCAAGAGCAUUCAAAUUGCUUAGAGUGUUGGAAGCAAAGUCACUGAGAUUUGCUGUGUUUCCCCCUGAUCUGUGCCAACUAGUUCUCUUGAAGUACAUUUCCAUGUCUUGCAAACUUGACAUCCUUCCGCCUGCAAUGUCUACACUGUGGAGCUUGCAAACUCUUAUAGUAGACACAACUGCACGUACUCUUCAAAUCAAAUCAGACAUAUGGAAGAUGCCACAACUGAGGCAUUUGCAUACAAACGCAUCCACUUCUUUGCCCUGCCCCACAACACCUAGAUGCGAAACCUUGGUAAAUGCAAAUCUUCAAACCUUGUCUUCCAUCUCACCCCAGAGUUGUACAAAAGAAUUGUUUGAAAGGACUCCCAAGCUCAAGAAAUUGGCCAUUUGUGGGAAAUUGGCCGUACUUUUUCAGGCCAAUGGCCAAUCCAAUUUAUUUGAAACCCUCUGUGCAUUAGAUUUCCUUGAAAACUUGAAGCUAUUGAACGAAGAUGUGUCCUCCCCAUUGAAAAGGCUUCCUCAAGAACACAAUUUCCCGAGCAAGCUGACAAGGUUGACUCUGUCAAAGACUUUGCUGCCUUGGAAUCAAAUGUCCAUCUUGGGAAAGCUGGAGAAUCUUGAGGUUCUCAAGUUAAAGGACAAUGCGUUUAAGGGUGAUAGGUGGCGAACAGAGAGUGGGGGAUUUCAGAGCCUCCAAUUCCUGCACAUUGGAAGCACAGAUUUGUUGAGCUGGGAUGUUGCAGCCGCGGAUCACCUGCCUGUACUGAAAAGUCUUGUUCUUAAGCACUGCUCUUAUCUUAGUCGACUUCCACCCAGCCUAGCACAUAUUUCCACCCUCCAACUGAUUGACCUCAGUUGCACCAAGCUUAGCGUGGCCUCCUCUGCAAAAGACAUUGAGAACCUGAAACUGAAACAAGCCCAGCAAAAAGGCAACAAAAGCAAUAGGUUUAAGCUCUUGGUGUAUCCCCCGGAUCAUUUGUGACUGCCACAUCUUCCAGUGCUUCUUUGACAGGUUAGUAAAGUUCUUUCGCAUGUCUUCUUCUCCUAUCUUUUUUUCUUGAUCAUCUUGUGCGCUACGACGGUGCCAUUACCCUCCUUUUUGUCUCGUCUUUUCAGAAAGUUUAUGUGCUUUUUGGCUGAAGAAGAGAAUUUAAUUUAAGAAGCAACCCUGUAGACGUCUUUUCUUAACAUUGUAUUGCAUUCAUAAUAACUUCCAGCUGCAGCUUGAAAAUUAUACAAGUUUCUUGUGUGUUUUCCAUGUACUGGGAAGUUAGCCAUUUAUAACUUUCCCUCUUUUUUUUUUUUGGUUGUACUUUUACUUCAAUAAUCUACUACUUUUAUUCUGUACCCCAAUAAAAAUGAAAGCUGAAUCUGUUGAAGUUUUUUCUUUUUU